GAUGGCUGCCAACGUCGAAUUUAGCUCAAAGACAUUAGAAACAAAUCCCACUGCACACUUCGUGUUUAUACACGGUGCCGGACAUGGAGCAUGGUGCUGGUACGAGGUGGUCACCAUUCUUGAGAAAGCUGGUUACAAAGCCACUGCUUUAGACUGUCUAUCAGCCGGCACAGACAACACGAGCCCUGACGAUGUGACUAGCGUACAGCAAUAUUCAAAGCCCCUCAUCGACUAUCUUACCACUAUCACCGAUAAGGUAAUUCUUGUGGGCCACAGUUUAGGAGGCCAUUGUAUUGCGCUCGCUAUGGAAGUCUAUCCUGAGAAAGUUUCCAAAUCAGUUUUCCUUUCAGCUAUCAUGCAAGUCAAGGGUUCCGACAUCAGCGACCCCAAUUCUACUUUGAGCAAACUGUAUUCCAAUGACUCCAAGAAUUUCUCCUUCACCUACGUGAAUGGACUACAAGCUCAACCAACGUCUCUUCACAUUCCGAAGUCAUCGAUUUCGAAUUUGUACUACAACGAGAGUCCACCAUCGGCCGCCACACUAGCUAAAUUAUUGAUGAAGGCAGUACCUGUUCAAGCAGUGUUCAGCCCAUUCGAUCUCACCCCCAGCAGGUAUGGGACCGUUCGUCGAUUCUAUAUCAAAACAGGCAAAGACAACGCUAUUCCUGAGAGCUCUCAACAGGAAUUUAUCGAUAGGAGCCCAGUUGAGAAGGUUUUCAGCAUCGACGAAAGCGACCAUUCUUCUUUUCUCAGUCAUCCCCGGCAACUCGCUCGUUACCUGGAGAUAAUUGCCAAGCUCUGA